CCCGUGCCGUCCAGGCCCGAGGCGCAGCUCACACGUACUCUCAGCAACGAAAAAGCGCCCUUUCUGUGGCCUCAUCCUGUUUCCUCACUCCCAGGGGCUCGUGGCCCCGGCGAGGGGACAGCCAUGAGUCUGGGAGGCAGCUUAAAGGGGUGGGUUAGCCUUUUCCCGCUCCAGCCGUCACCGCUCACCUGGGCGGGGAGACCAGACUUUCCAGUCCCAUGUCCCUUCCAGGACCCGGACGGGGAGGUCCAGGGUCUUGCUGGCUGUCUUGGAUGUCCCUACCUCCUUACACAGCCCUGGGUGUGGUGCGGGGCGGGACAGCCGACGGCGGGGGGCACGCCUCCGCUCACUCGCCGCCUCUGUCUGUUCCUAGUGGGGCCACAGCAUGUUGAGAAUCUGAACACGUCCCUCCCCACCGAAAGCCGCAGGCCGGCCACUCUGGGCCCCAGGCAUCCCGGUCGGGGCCCCCUGGGGCCCGUGGAGCCGGGCGGGCCGGGCCUCUGGGUGGGCAGCAGCCAGCACCUCCGGAACCUGGGCAAAGCCAUGGGCGCCAAGGUGAACGACUUCCUGCGGAGGAGGGAGCCCUGGGGCCUGGGCAGCGUGGGCGCCAUGGAGGUCAACAGGACGGCCGAGGCCCAGCUGGCCGGCGCGCCCGGCGGGGAGGACGACGGGCCUGCCCUGCCAGAAGCCGUCCCUCUGCUGGACCCGCCGCCACCCACAACCCGGAAGCGAACGCCCCGGGCACUGAAGACCACACAGGACAUGCUGAUCUCGGCCCAGCCCGUGCUGAGCAGCCUGGAGUGCUCCCCGCCCCCUGCCCAGCCCGGCCCAGCAGGGGCUCCACCGCCAGAGGCCACUGUGGACGUGGCCCUGCCCAACGGCGAGGCGUCCCUGUCGGUGCCUGACUUGAUCCACCCGGACGGCUCGGGCGAGCCCAGGCUAAAGGGUGCCCAGUGCAGGAGGGUCUCCCCGCCCGACCCCACCGAGAGCAGCGGACUCCAGCCCAGCCUCAGCCCUGGCCACCCGGCUGAGCUGCCACAGGACAGCAGUCCCUGCCCCGGGGCGCGGACCUGCAGCCUGGACAGUGAGGGGCCGCACCCUGACCUGCUGUCCUUUGAGUAGAGCCCCUGCACUCUCCUCCACCCUCACCCCCAGCUCCACGCACCCCCACCCUCAGCCCCCACAGCCCCAGCAGAGCCCCACAUCCUAGGAAAAGGGCGGAGAUGGGCUGGCCCUGACCUCAUUCCUGUGGGCGCCCUGCUGCUGGCUGAGCCAGUGGACACAGCCGCUGGCCCCGGGGGCAGGACUGGGGGCGUUCUCCCUGUCUAUGCCACACACACCUAGACCCCCACGCUCCACUCUCCUGCCUCGGGGUUGGGGCUGGUCAGGAGUCAGGCUGGGUCAGGAAUGAUGGGCUUGGCUUGAUGAUGGGCCGAGACCCGGAGAGCCGGCCUCUGACCGCAGCUCUGCCAGGUCGCCCCUGUCCCAAGUCAGUGCAGGCCCCUGCUGUCCCGUCUCGGGGGAGGAAGGUUGCAGAGCUGUCCUGGGAAUUUUCUAGAGAUUUUAUAUUUAUACUAGAGGCCCGGUGCACAAAUUCGUGCACGGUGGGGUCCCUCUGCCUGGCCAGCAAUCGGGCUGAUCGGGCCGUCUCGCCCAGUCCAG